GCGCCUUGGUGUUUUUCGGGUCAGGGAUGCUCCGUGCAGACAAAGGACUGAGAUUUCCGUGCUGUGGGUGGUAAUUAUCAUCCAGCCCAGGGAGCAGAAAAACUUGCAGCUUCAACUACACACUGCCACAUCACGCACCGCCGCUGUCAAGCUACCUACAGCUCUAAAAAACAUGCAUUUAGGACUUUUGGUGUUGUUUCUUUCGUUGGGGAAAAGUUGUUGGUGCGCCCCGCAGCAGACUUGUCACCCAGGAGACGAGUUUUUAGGAAGAUGCAGCAACAGCGUGGUUGAAGAAAAACCUACCUGCACAGAGAUGAACCUGGGCUACUGUAAUGAUAUGGAAUACUCUAGAACAAUAUUCCCCAACAUCCUUGGCCACCGGACUCGUAUGGAAGCUGAAUCAGGGGCAGAGUACCUCCUCCUGAGUGUCAUCCAUGGCCUGCUUAAUGGGGAGUGCUCCCCUGAAAUACGCCUAGUGGGUUGCUCGGUGCUUGCCUCGCCCUGCCAGGAUGACAAGAUGAUCAGGCCCUGCCGCACCACAUGUGAGGCCUUGCGGCGAGACUGCGUCCACGCCUUUGAGGCCAUUGAAAUGGCCUGGCCCUACUUUCUCGACUGUGACCGCUUCUUUGCCAGCGACCAAGAGGGCUGCUUUGACCCACUGGCAGGAAUGAAAGCCAGACAGGAGCUGGCAUUGUCCAGCCUUUCUCCUGAAGAACCCAGCACUAUCAUCCAGUUCACCUACACCUCCAAUGCUCAGAUGUACAGCUUAUUGAAGAGAACAGCAGCCAAGUGCUCCCAUAUAUCUCACGUCUACAGCAUAGGACGCACUACUGAAGGCAGAGAUUUACUGGUAAUCGAGUUCAGCAACAAUCCUGGACAGCAUGAGCUACUGGAGCCAGAGAUCAAGCUGGUGGGAAACAUGCAUGGCAAUGAGGUGCUGGGCCGCCAGCUGCUUAUCUACCUGAGCCAGUACCUGUGUUCAGAGUACAAUCUGGGGAACCAACGAAUUCAGACCAUCAUUAACAACACCCGCAUCCAUAUUCUGGCCUCCAUGAACCCGGACGGUUAUGAGUUGGCCGCCUCAGAGGUAGAGGAUAGUAAUGACCCGGAGCUCAACAACCAGGAAGGUCACUUGUUGAAUGGUUGGACCAAUGGUCGGACUAACGCCCAGAACCUUGACCUGAACCGCAACUUUCCGGACCUCACCUCCGUCUUCUACCGGAACCGCCGCAGCAGGCACUACCGCAUUGACCACAUCCCAAUCCCUGAUGCCUACUGGUUCGGGAAGGUGGCACCAGAGACCUACGCAGUGAUGAAGUGGAUCAGGUCAAUACCUUUUGUUCAGUCUGCCAGCCUCCAUGGAGGGGAGCUGGUGGUCUCCUACCCCUUCGACUUCUCUAGACACCCACACGAGGAGAGGAUGUUCUCACCCACCCCAGAUGAACAGGUCUUGAAGCAGCUGGCUCGUACCUAUGCAGAUGCUCAUGUCACCAUGUCAAACAAUGACACAGACCGAUGUGGAGCCUCCUUUUACCGAACUAGGGGCAUUAUCAAUGGGGCUCUGUGGUACAGUUUUGCUGGUGGUAUGUCAGACUUCAACUAUUUGCACACUAACUGUCUGGAGAUCACUGUGGAGCUCGGCUGUGACAAAUUCCCAUCAGAAUCCGAGCUUUACCCAGAAUGGAAGAAUAACAAGGAGGCUUUGCUCACCUUUCUAGAGUCUGUCCAUCGAGGGAUAAAGGGAGUAGUUAAGGAUGUUGACGGCAAUGCGAUAAAAGAUGCCACCAUCUCUGUCAGGGGGAUUAGAAAAGAUGUCACUACAGCUGAAGACGGAGACUACUGGCGGUUGCUGAACCCUGGCACUCACAUCCUGACAGCCACAGCCAAAGGUUACUCCAGGGUCAGCAAGAGGGUUCAUCUGCCUCACCAUAUGAACAAGGCUGGACGUGUUGACUUUGUCUUGGAGAGGGUUCCUGUGGAGCCUGAUUUCGAUGACCACCUCUUCCCUACAAUAGACACGUGGGAUCGUUUCGACCCAUACAACCAGUUUGAGCGCUAUGGUGAACCAAUCAUAACUGAGGGAGGGAUAGAGCGUGAGGAGAAACCCUGGUGGUGGAACUACUUCUCCCAGUCUGGCAUCUCACCUCCAAAUUGGCUGCUGCGAACUGUCUAGAUGCAUUUGAGGACAAUAAAGAUCCCAUUGUUCCACUGCCGAGGGAGAUUGGUGAUGACGGCCCCGCAUCCAGCCCCAGAGGUGCUCUCAGACCUGCACUUUGUAGCAGGAGCUGUGGCACUGAAAUCAGCAGUACCUAAAAAAGUUUCAGUGCAGAUGUAAAUAGGCUUUAUUUCCCCCAGGGAACAAAUUUAAUUGCAGCCUGUAAGUGGAAUUUUUAGCCAAUAUUGCUUUGCA